AUGACCACCGAUUACAGCAAGAAAACAAACGCGGAGCUAGUGGAGAUUCUUAAAUCUCGCUCGCUCCCUCACACAGGCAAAAAGGCAGAGAUGGUCGCUCGCCUCCAGGAAGACGACGAAAACAAAGCCAAGGCCGCAUCGGCCCCUGCCCCUACUGCAAAGACUGACGCGGCCGACGACGUCAUCGACUGGGAAGACGAUGAUGUUCCCGCUGCAGAUACUACCGCCGUGAAGCCUUCUACUGAGGCUGGCGCCGCUGCCAUUGCUGCUGGCGGCAAAGGUGCGGUCGCCAACCCGGUCGCUGUUCCAAAUCAGAAGCUCGACACCAACCCCGCUACUACGGACGAUUUGAAAGUCGAGUCGAAGGGCGCAGCACCGUCGGCUGAGAGUGGAGCGCAAGGGCACGAGGGCACGGAAGGCGCGCCAGCUGAACCAGCCACUGCGGCCCCGGCCGAAGAAAAACCGGCACCAGACUAUUCUAUGGGGCUGCCCAUCACCGAGAUGGAGGAGGAGUUGAAGAAACGCAAGGCUCGCGCGGAGAAGUUUGGUGUUACCGAGGAGUCCAAGACUGCAAUUGCGGAGGCAGAGAAGCAACUCGAGAGGGCGAAGCGGUUCGGAACGGCGGUUCAGCCUACUCCUGCUAGCGGUGUCAAAGGUCUGGACGAAGCUCUCCCGACAGAGAAGUCUCGCAAGAGAGGUCGGGGUGAUAAUGAACAAGCAUCACGGGGAGGCAAGCGACGUGAUGUUGGCGGCAGAGGCAAAUUCCGAGGAAAGGGCCGUGGAAAUCGAAACCAGAAUCACCGGAAUGAAGGAAAUGCUGGCAAAACUAGCGAGCAGAGUAACAUGAGUGAGAAAGAUCGUCUGGCCCUGGAAGCCAGAAAGAAGCGAUUUGCGACUGCGGCAUAG